AUGUCACAAAUCGCUUUCAAAGAAAUCAACAACUUCCUCAUGGCUCUCACCAAGCCUCCUUCCCCAGCCUCACGCAAGCAUUGGCUUUCUCCACGCAAAUAUACCAUCCACGAUACGACUCAAGGGGAACCCCUCAGAACCGGCGAAUUCGAAUGGUACCCACGAAGCAAAACCGAGAUCAUGAUCAAUAUCAAGGGCUUUCCUGAAGGGAACUCCAUUGAGGUUCUAGGUGUACCGCUUGGUGCUGUCGGGACCGGUCAGCGUCACUAUUCUGACGAAGAGCACCAAAGAAGGCUUGCUGAUAGCUGGUUUGACUAUUUCACCGUCAUGCCUGGAGUCAAUUUUACAUGGGGAUCUGAGAUUCCAUGGCGAAGACUUCAGGGUCGUGCGUCUUUGAUUCUUCCAGCAGGUAGCGGGAUGAAGUAUUUCGUUGGAUAUAGCGGCGUGCCUGCUGAUGGCUAUUUGAUUUAUGUCAAGGGUUUGAGAUGCUUGAUGGAUGAAGAUUGUGUUCCUCAAGAGGGAGAGGUGAUUCAUCCGGAACGUUGGUAUCUUGAUGCUCCCGAGAGAGAAAUUGUCCGUGGCACUAAUUCGAUUAUUAAGAAGAAAGUCCGUUUCACUGGUGACUUGGAGUCAGGUGCUGAUGCGACUCCAAAGCGGGACGCAUGUCAAUAG